AUGAAAACAGCCGACACCCAACAUCUACUGCUCCUCUGCUCCUUGUUGCCCAUCAUCCCCUUAACUACUGCUACCAUCUUUCAAUGGGAAUUUCAAGUAAAGGAGGGCCCCAUCAAACAGGAUUCCACCACCCUCAUUGGUUCAGGGCACUGCCUUCUUACAGGAUUCCAGUCAGUUCUCACCUUUAAAAUCACUCCCAAAACAAUUACUGCUACAUAUAGUCCUUAUGCCUGCUUUUCUUAUGACAAUAAGGGCAGUUGUUUAGAUUAUGAAUCCACCUAUGGAGGUUGUAGAUAUUGGAGCAGCAGAAUGCAUAAAGUCUAUGGUAAAAAUGGUAUUCUCCGCCUCCAAGGAAAAGAGUUCAUCCUUGUUAUCUCUGACCCUUGGCAUGGGCACUGGGAAAAGGGAGUCGCAGGCCAACUCUAUAAUGAUGGCUGGUUCUCCUACCCUAUUAGAAAUGCAUAUAUAUAUCCAGACAAUUAG